AAUAAAUUGUGGUAGAAUUUUACACUGAGAACACAACGACACAGCAGCCCCAAAAUGUUGCGUUCUUCCAUUUCAACGCUAGUCGUCCUGACCAAUCUUCUCUUCCGCUUUUCUCCAUCAUCUUCUGCGGCAAACGAUGAUCUUCGCCUGUCCCUCCAUGCAAAGAAGCUUAUCAGUGAAUUCAAUUUGUUUCCGGACACCGGUAUCAACAUCGUUCGCGAUGCCAAUUCUUCUAUCCAACCCAGCAAGAUCGUUGAGAAGCGCCUCAUCUUCCCCAAUGUAUUGGGUUCUGAUUCUGGGGUUUCGGCUGACGAUUUGGGUCACUAUGCUGGGUAUUACCCGAUUCAACAUUCCCAUGCCGCAAGGAUGUUCUACUUUUUCUUUGAAUCUCGCAACAGCCAGGAGGAUCCUGUUGUGAUUUGGUUGACCGGGGGACCUGGGUGUAGCAGCGAAUUGGCUUUGUUUUAUGAAAAUGGCCCUUUCAAAAUUGCCGACAACUUGACUCUUGUGUGGAAUGAGUAUGGUUGGGACAAGGUAUCAAACCUUUUGUAUGUUGAUCAACCAACUGGAACUGGCUUUAGCUACAGUACUGAUUUGCGUGACAUACGUCAUGAUGAAAAGGGUGUUAGCAAUGAUUUGUACGACUUUUUGCAGGCAUUCUUCGCAGAGCAUCCCCAGCUUGCAAAGAAUGACUUUUUUAUUACAGGUGAAUCGUAUGCAGGGCACUAUAUUCCGGCUUUUGCAUCUCGUAUCCGUCAAGGAAACCUUGCUAAUGAAGGGAUUCAUAUAAACCUGAAGGGAUUGGCCAUUGGUAAUGGGCUUACUAAUCCGGCAAUUCAGUAUAAAGCUUACCCAGAUUAUGCACUGGACAUGGGCAUAAUUACAAAGGGCACACAUGGUCGCCUUAACAAAGUGUUGGUUCCAGCCUGUGAAUUGUCAAUAAAGCUUUGUGGUACUGAUGGAAAGGCUGCAUGUCUGGCUGCAAAUAUAGUCUGCAAUGUCAUAUUCAGUGACAUCAUGUUACAUGCUGGAGAUAUAAAUGAUCUUGCCAUGGGAAAGACGAUUGGAAUUGCUAAGGAACAGGAUGAGUUAUAUUGUCUGCUGCAUAAGUACUAUGAUAUCAGAAAGAAGUGUGAAGGGAGCCUUUGCUAUGACUUUUCAAACAUGGAGAAGCUCCUGAAUCAAAAGUCUGUUCGGGAUUCACUAGGAGUUGGGAAAAUUCGUUUUGUUUCUUGUAGCACUGAAGUUUAUGCGGCUAUGCUGGUGGAUUGGAUGAGGAACCUUGAAGUUGGUAUUCCUGUCCUUCUUGAGGAUGGAAUCAAUUUGCUUGUUUAUGCUGGGGAAUUUGAUCUCAUCUGCAACUGGCUUGGUAAUUCAAGAUGGGUUCAUGCCAUGGAAUGGUCUGGUCAGAAAGAAUUUGUAGCCUCACCUGAUAUUCCUUUUGUUGUCGAUGGAUCAGAAGCCGGGUCAUUGAAGAACUAUGGACCUCUAAGUUUCCUUAAGGUACAUGAUGCGGGUCACAUGGUUCCAAUGGACCAGCCCAAGGCUGCAUUGGAGAUGCUGAAGAAGUGGACUCGGGGAAUCCUUGCUGAAUCCAGAGCUGAAGAUGAAAGUUUGGUUGCUGAGAUGUGAUCUCAUUUAGCUUAGUAUGUGUGGGAUGUGAUAUCACCCCGACCGCAUAUAGUCUGUAAAAUAUCUUACCAAGAACUCCUAUCAUAGAAGAAAAGAACUAUAUACUCAAGGACUUCUGUAUUUUCUGCUUUAAAUACUUAUUUUUGUUUCCUGUAAAUAAGAUUUCUGUUUGUACUUCUGACUUAGAUUUCUCAUUUGUAGUAUUAUGUUGCCUUGAAACAUGGAAUAAUUGAGUUCCUCAAGUAAGACAGUCUUCAGUUUACUCGAGCAGUUGUAGCAGCCUGAUAGCUUACUCCUUAGAGAUGCGCAGCUAAAAGCUUGAGCAGAAUUCAUGCCUGUAUUUGUCUAUAAUUGAAUCUUCAGAUUUACCUUUCUA